AUGGCGCCUCCAGUUGAAGAUUCCCCUGCCAUGCCGCGUGCCUUUUCGGAUAUUCCUUUCGCUGAAUUAGGAGCAGUGCAUCCAUCGGCCGAAAUUGUUGGUCCAGCUGAGAGGUAUUACAAGUGCAGUGGUGAGAAUAACGCAGAACUGAUGUCAAUGGGAAUUGGUCUGAAGACGUCUGACUUACGUGAGAUUGGCAACGUUGAACUUGAGCCAUACCGUUCCAUGAAGUUGAAGAAAAAGGUAACACCAACCCAGAGACAUAUGGUGGAGGAAAUCAAACGCCGCAGCUACUGUGAUGAAAAGAAGCUCUUUGAUUUGAUCAACAAAGUGAAUCUUGAAAAGCAGGGAGAUAAGAAGGACAAAGCUGCCGCCUGGAUCUCCGUGGAACCAUACAUUCGUCUCAUCGAGUGCAUGUUGAGCGAUGAGAUCAGGCCUCUGUUCCUGGAGAUGCAACGUGUAGGAGAUAGAGAUGAGUUAGACGCUCGCAAUUCUGCUAACAGGCCUGAGAGGACAGUCUUUGAGGCUUGUGCCCGUCUGUUCAAUGAUGCACACAAGGAUGUGUUCUCUCAGUGCUUGCCUGACUUACAUACCACCUUCGCUGACGUGCUUGACUGUUGUUUUGAGAACAUGCCGGGACCUGUGACGGCUGAUGAAGUGAAGCGCCGUUGGGGUGACUGCCGAGCCAAACUGAUCAAGAUAAUCGCCAAGUGGGAACUCAGUGGAAACGGAUUCGGUCAACGCCAUGAAGGAGAUGAUCUGUUUGGUCAUUGUGGAGAAGAGGAGAUGGAGUGCGGUGACAACAGAGCCAACUUCUUGGACACGCAGACCAAGGAACACGUGCUUUAUCUUUGGCAUGUGUCAGAUGAGCAGGAAGUCCUGAAGAAUGUGAUGUGUGUCAUCGCUGAAUCGGCAGCCGCAUCUUCUGAAGCUUGCUCUUCUGUUGCUGGAACUGACCAGGCUAGUGCUGCACGCAAAAGGAGGACCGAUGAGAGGGCACUUGGAUUCUUCCGCGCAAAGAUGAGUCUUGCUAUGCACACAAUGUCCCGCGCUGCCAUUUUCAAGGAACUCCGUGAGACGCAGGAAAAGCUUUUCGAGGCUCAACUCAGAGUCAUGGAGGUCACCAGCAUCGAACUGAGCAAUCUGUGGAUGGGUAGAGUCAGUUAUCUCGAAGCUCAAGUUGAGGCUGUUAAGGAAUGCUUGAACAGUUUGGCCAUCGAAGAAUCGCUGAAUCCUCCAAAGAAGAAGAAGAAGGCUGUUGUUGCUAGUGCCGCAGCCAGAGCUGCACUUGACUCCGACGACAGUGAGGACGAUGAUGAUGAUGACGAUGAAAACAACUAG